AUGUCAGGACUCUCUUACCUCCACGCUAUUCUCCACCACGCACACAUGAAGUUUCUGACUCUCGCAAUCUCAAUACUACCUAUUGUAAGCGCAUUUGAGUGGGGAUUCCACCAACAAGCUCCACCCCAGCAACAGGUGUUCGAUUACCAGGAUAAGCAGCUAAACGCCAAUUGCGACAGAUAUCUGUGUCCAGAGACUUUUGCAUGUGCCAACUCCCCCAUUGAGUGUCCAUGUCCAUUCCCAAAUUCGCAAACCAAAUGCAUCCUGCCAGAUAAAUCAAAUUUUGUGUGUAUACCGAAGCUCACUCUUGAGGAGAUCAAAGGCGCUGAGAAAGGUGUAGAAGUGAGAGACUGCAAAUGGGUUGAAAAGGCAUGGAAAGGCCAGGCUUAA